UCAUCUAGAUCGGGCUUAGGUUUGGGGGCUGCUUUGACCUGCCGAGGACCUCAGGAACCAAGUUUUUCUACUUAAGGUGGAAAAUCAUCAGGGGAAAGAAAUUCCCGAAUUUGGCUGACUUUGGAGUACGAAAUCAGCCUCUAUUUUUCAUUUUCCGAGUCAGUGGAAAAUGGGGACUAGGGUUCCUGUGCAGCACUAUAAUCUCAACUCUCCCACUUCGUUCAUUGAGGGCCCACUCCACGUUCUCAACACCGUUGAGAGUAGAACCUCCGAUAUGGAUGACAUCGAAGCCGAGGUCGAUCGUGAAGCUGUCACCGAAGAUAGCUUGGACAAUGAUAAUGAUACUGGUGCCGUCGACUGCAUGCAUGAACCCCAUAGGAAUUCCUUACCACUUCACAAUGUGGAAGUUGAAGAGGAUCGCUCCAGUCUCGAGAACAACGACUCUUCAAGGGACCCUUAUAAUAUCUUGACCAUUGAUGAUGUUUCACCCAUCGAAUCAGCCAGGGCAAGAUUUCUACAAAUUGUUGUGGAUCAUUUUAUUGAUGACCAUGUAAUUGAAGUGGCUGAUUCUGAGGCUGAUUACACUGCUCAGUGUGGGCAAGAUAAGCUCAAUAAAAGGAAGACAAGAGAGGCCCAGUAUGAAGGAGAUCCUAGUUUUGCUUUACCUCUGAUGUAUAUUGCAAACAUGUACGAAAGCUUAGUAAAUGAUGUCAACACCCGGCUUGCUUCCUUGAAUGGCAUUCGUGAAAAGACAAUUGGGGUAGCGCUAGAAGCAGCUGGUGGUUUGUACCGAAAACUUGCCAAGAAAUUCCCCCCGUCAGGACCAUGUACAUACAAGAGAAGAGAAUUGGCAACUUCCAUGGAAACAAGGACAAGGUUUCCAGAACUAGUAAUUCAAGAAGAGAAGCGUGUCCGCUUUGUGGUAGUCAAUGGUUUGAAUAUUGUUGAAAAACCAGAUGCCAUGCCUAUUGAUGAUGCUGAGUGGUUUAAGAGAUUGACAGGUCGCCAUGAGGUUGCUAUCUCUGCACGUGACUAUAAAUUUUAUUCUCCAAGACACAAGUUUAGGCGUACAGCAUCAAACAUGAUGGCCAAUAUCUCUGGUCUACCUAGUUAUCCUGGAGCUGACAACUCGUCUACAUUGAGUACUUCUCAAGGAUUUCGCUCUGUAAGUGAAGCACAAGUUAAUUUGCUUUUCUUAUAAGUUUGUCUUUCAAUUGGUUGGUCAGCAAUUAGUGUUUUUGUCACUUCAAACCAAUUCAUUUGAAGAUUGCAGAGAUGACGGUAAUCAUUGUAACCACAUUUACAGUUUUGUGGCCGUUGGGGUCUGACGUGCCCCAGUCACAUGACUACUUGAUACCUGUCUUUUG